UCGGCUUCGGAGGCUCCGGCUCAUCGCAGCAAAUGUCCAGCGGACCCACCGUCGGCGCCGGCGUCGGCAGCGCGCAGCUCGACGCCGCCGUGCAGGAGCUCGACAUGAUCACAGACGUCUUCAACCGCCUCGUCAGCUCCUGCCACGCAAAGUGCAUCGCCACGCGCUACGCCGAGCCCGACCUCAACAAGGGCGAGAGCGUGUGCAUCGACCGGUGCACGGCCAAGUUCUUCGCAACCAACGCAAAGGUGGGCGAGCUGAUGAACAAGAUGGGCGGCGGCGGCGCACAGCAGCAGGGCAACAGCGGCGGUAUGGGCUUCUUCUGAGCGGCGAGGGAUCCGCUGGAAGAGAGGACAGGGGACUCAGGUCAUGCAAUACACGCUCGAUUGCGCUGCCGUUGGCCUUGUGCUGCUGACAGAGCAGCAGAUGUCGCAAUCCUCUUCAUGGCUGCCCAGCCGCUCAGGCGUCGCAUCUUCGUGCGCGACUCAUCUCGACGCCUGUCGCUCGAUUGACCUGUUGCGAGCCUCAUUUCCAUGCAGGGCAGGGCUAUUGCGACGUGCUAUUGGCCAGUCC